AUGCUCCACUUACAAGGCCAACAGAUGCUGCAGAUGCUAGAAAAAUCCUUGAGGAAGAGCAUCCCUGAAUCCUUAAAGGUUUAUGGGACCACCUUCCACAUAAACCAGGGAAACCCUUUCAAGCUAAAGGCUCUGGUGGACAAGUGGCCUGAUUUUAAUACUGUGGUUAUCCGCCCUCAGGAGCAGGAGAUGACAGAUGACCUUGAUCACUACACCAAUACUUAUCAAGUCUACUCCAAGGACCCUAAGAAGUGUCAGGAAUUCCUUGGCUCACCAGAAGUCAUCAACUGGAAGCAACAUCUGCAGAUUCAAAGUUCACAGUCCAGCUUGGAUGAUGUGAUAAAAAAUCUUGCAGCUAUCAAAUUGGGCAAGGUCAAGCAAACACAGUGCUUUCUCUAUAUGGCCUCUGAGGCAGGAAAGAAAUUGGCUACUUCUCUGCUGGAGGAAAAAAAAUUAUCAGUCUAUGAUGAUAAAUACAAAUCCAGCCACCAAAAGAUGUUGACACUCUCAACCCUGGAUCCUGCCCAUGCUGUCUUGGUGAAUAAGCUCUGGUAUUUUGGUGGCAAUGAGAGGAGCCAGAGGUUCAUCGAGCGCUGUAUCCAGACCUUCCCCAGCUCAUGCCUGCUGGGGCCCGAGGGGACCCCUGUGGCCUGGAUGCUAAUGGACCAGACGGGAGAGCAGCGGAUGGCAGGCACCCUGCCUGAGUACCGGGCCAAGGGGCUCAUCUCCUACCUCGCCUGUGUCCAUGUCCAGACUCUGGACAAACUUGGGUUCCCCUUGUAUUCCCACGUCGACAAGGCCAAUCACAUCAUGCAAAGAGUAUGCUCCAACAUGCAGAAUAUCUUUGUGCCCUGCGGCUGGAACCAGUGGAACUUCGUGCCUCUGGAAAGCGGACCUGAACGCAAGAUAGCAUUGAGCGGGUGCAGAAUGUGGCUGGAGAAGCCAGCGGAGAAGAAGAGUGCAGUGUGA